GAAAUAUAAGUUUGAAGACGAGCCGCGGGCAACAGGGCUCCCAAGCCGCUCUCUGAUCGGUCCUGAAAGUGGACAAACGUUCUGAUCUUUUUAUACACAUUUACCGCGCAGAUGAUGCUUUGAUAUUUUUGAAUUCCACAGUAAAGGACCAAUUUUACUGUUCUUGUUUUUAACGUCGGGCGCUCAUUGGACCGAAUUUACCGUCUGGUUGAUGACAUUUCCAGCGGGCAGACGUGCAUCCUGUCCGGGAAGAGGUUAGCAGCAGUAACACUGUGAAACAUUGCAUCAAGCCCUUAGAGAAAGGAAAAACACUCCUGAGGAACUGCAAUCUUUUGCAAUCUGCGUUUCAGUCUCUGGACUUUUGCAACGUUUAGCUAGAAAUGGUUGGCAGGUUGAACUUGCCAAAUGUAUGUGAAGGAGAUCCACUGGAUAUGAGCUGCAGGGCUGAGAGAGGACUUGACAGCCCGGACUCCGGGUUACCCCCGAGCCCGAGCCCCAGCGCCUGGCUGCUGCCUGUGUGUGCGGAAAAAGCCGGUGGUGUGAGCCCGGUGUCUGAGGACGAGGAAAGGGGCUCCCUGGUUCCAGUUUUACCCACCGGAUCAUUCCAGCAGCUACACCCAUUGUCCUUUGGAGAAGGCAUAGCACUUGAUCCAUUACCACCUAAGGAAAUAAGAUACACCUCAUCUGUGCACUACGACUCGGACCGCCAUUUCAUCCAGGCCCUGGCCCUGCAGCCUACUGGCCAAGGCCUUGAACACUGCAGGCAGACCAUCAUGGCGGUGCCCCACAGUACCUGGCGCCACUACAAGACACAGUUGGAGUUCCAGCCUCGCCAUCGACCGCAGCACUUCAAGAGUACCACCAUUGUCUACCCCAAGAAAACCAGUGCUAUGUACACCACAGAGCUGAGCUACGACUGCAACCGACUAUCUAAACGUUUCCUCUCCAGUGUGGAGCUGGAGGCGGCUGGUCGCAGAGAGAUCUCUCAGUGAAGAAGGGGACAGGUGGCUGGGAAAACAAGGGUGGUUAUUCCCAAGGCCUUUAUACUGUAGCUCCCCUAAGGCUGGCUGCCAUCGACCUGCUGUCUUUCUACACUUGUGUAGUCUGUUAUCUUUUUCAGUCUCCUUCCUAAACUGCGGACAGGAAGCACCUGUUCUGUGAUGUUACAGAUAUCAGAGAUGUCAAAACACAAAGGGAGAAAAUAUCCAUUUGGUCAUGUCACCAUAUUGAUGUAUCUUUCAAUGGAUGAUCUGUCCAUUGGAAAGGAUAUUUUAUUUAAUAUUUCACUUUGAAGCUUAUUGGUUUCCAAAGAUAUGGCUUUAGAAUAGGGUAGUAUGCACAGGGGUGGGAAGAAUACUAAUUUGCCCCUCAUGUCACAUCAAGUUGGGCAAUUGUAAAUUGUGAUUGGUUUUCAAUUUGAACUAUGAGUGUUGUAUCAGUUCAAAAUAAGUUAUUCUAAAUAUAGAGAAGAGAGAUAAAAGGGAAAGUAAAAACAAAAUGUGAUGCAUGCUGGGGUUUGGAUGCAUGCUAAGAAAUCCCAAGCUUAUACACACUGUAACUGUCUGUCCAGGAUGUAGGGAAAAUACACAUGCCUUUUCUUUCUUCACAGGGUAUUUUGUGUUUCUGCACAACAUAGACACAAGCUAAGCUCCCACAAGCUUUCUUUUUGGCCAUGGCUAUGAUUCUAAAUCUAUUUUGUAACUGUUACUAGAUUAGGGAACUGUUCUGUUUGUUGAGGUGUUUUACCCUAAACAAACUGAUUUAGUAGGAAGUAUAAAUGUGUCAUGAAUUCAGAGUUUACUGAGAAGUGGAUAUAUUUUUUGGAUAUCAUCUACAAGCUGCAUUCCACUGCCAUCACUUUCUUUGGAUUGAAAUUGUAUUUAUUCUGUUGGAGUUUCAGUUUCUGAGAUUUUUAUCAGCUGUUUAACGGGUCUCUCCACAAUCAUGGAAAGGGAUAUUUUUUUUAAUGCCGUUUGAGUCUUAUUGAUGUAUCUGUUGAUGCUUUUUAUAUAAAUAUUAAUCACUGCAGUGCCAGUUUGAAAUAAAGUGUUCAUCAGUUAAACAAUUUUGUAUUUUAUGAGGUAGACAGUUUACCUAUAUAUCUGUUCAUGUAGGAACUUUUGAAUUUGGGUUGCCGCACAUUAGACCACUCAUAAGGAGAGAUCUUUAGACUUGUGCUGCUCUGAUGUCCUCCUGUGGCCAGAGAGGGAAUUAACUUCCUGUCAUUCUAAAGUGAGGUUGAUUCUAUGCUUCAGGUUUUUUGUAUAUUUAAGAUCUUUGUUUGGAUGUAUAAAAACUUGACUUGGUGCUCCACAGUUAAUACAUCGACAUUAAUUAUGAUAGCAUGCAAAUGAGCUGUUUUACUUAGUCCACAAAAGCUAAUAACAACGUUUUAUCCAACAAAAUAUCUCUUGUUUAUGAUCAACUAGUAUGUUCUACUGAAUGGAUUUACUCACCACACCAUUGUGGCUUAUUCUAUAUCAGUGUUUGUUCCUUUGCCAGGAUGGUUACCCAGAAGAUGUAUGCACCACUUCCAGUCUAAGACCUGAUAAAAGUAGGUAUUUGCA